UUCGUUGUUUUUUGAAGAACACCAUUUUUCUCAACUGACCCCUUUUUCUUCUUCUUCUUCUUCUUCACUUUUCUCUCUUCUCACCUAAUUUUCUCUCUCCUCCUCUCAAACCAAAAAUGGGAAACUGCAACGCUUGUAUCAGACCGGAAGAACUCCCUAAAAAAAACCCACAAACCAAAAAGAAAAAAACCCGACCCAACCCAUACUCCAUAAACCAACCCCAACCCGCCCCGGUUCGUGUCUUAAAAGACAUAAUCCCCGCCGUCGGACCACGAAUCAGCGACAAAUACGUAAUAGGCCGUGAACUAGGCCGGGGUGAAUUCGGAAUUACGUACUUAUGUACGGACCGGGAAACGAAAGACCGGCUCGCCGUUAAAUCGAUUUCAAAAAGGAAGCUUCGAACCGCUAUUGACGUAGAAGAUGUAAGGAGAGAGGUGGCAAUCAUGUCUACACUUCCGGUUCACCCUAAUAUAGUCCGGCUAAAGGCGGUUUACGAAGAUAAUGAGGCGGUUCAUUUGGUGAUGGAGUUGUGUGAGGGUGGUGAGCUUUUUGAUAGGAUAGUGGCGCGUGGACAUUAUUCAGAAAGAGCGGCGGCUACGGUGGCGAAGACGGUGGCGGAAGUGGUGAAGAUGUGUCAUGAUAAUGGUGUUAUGCAUAGAGAUUUGAAACCGGAGAAUUUCUUGUUUGCUAAUAAGAAGGAGAAUUCUCCUCUUAAAGCGAUUGAUUUUGGCCUCUCUGUUUUCUUUCGUCCUGGAGAAAGGUUUACAGAAAUAGUGGGGAGCCCAUAUUACAUGGCACCAGAGGUGUUAAGGAGGAAUUAUGGGCAAGAAGUGGAUGUUUGGAGUGCGGGUGUUAUUCUUUACAUUCUUCUUUGCGGUGUUCCUCCUUUUUGGGCAGAGACCGAGCAAGGUGUUGCAUUAGCGAUAUUGCGAGGAGUGCUUGAUUUUAAGAGGGAGCCAUGGCCUCAAAUAUCUGAUAGUGCCAAGAGUCUUGUUAAACAGAUGUUGGAUCCUGACCCUAAAAAGCGAUUGACUGCUCAACAAGUUCUUGAACACCCUUGGUUACAGAACGCAAAAAAAGCUUCAAAUGUCCCAUUGGGAGAUAUUGUUAGGACAAGGCUAAAGCAGUUUGCUGGGAUGAAUAGAUUUAAGAAGAGGGCACUAAGGGUCAUUGCUGAACACUUAACAGUUGAAGAGGUAGAGAUUAUUAGAGAUAUGUUCAUAUUGAUGGAUACUGACCGUGAUGGAAAAGUAACAUACGAAGAAUUGAGGACCGGUCUUAAAAAGGUCGGUUCUCAACUUGGCGAGCCAGAGAUAAAACUCCUCAUGGAAGUGGCUGAUGCUGAUGGGAAUGGUUACUUGGACUACGGGGAGUUUGUGGCAGUGACUAUACACUUGCAGAAAAUGGAGAACGAUGAACACUUCCACCGAGCAUUCAUGUACUUUGACAAAGAUGGAAGUGGUUACAUCGAUCUAGAUGAGCUCCGAGAUGCCUUAUCUGACGAAUCAGCUGAAACUGAUGCUGAUGUUCUAACUGAGAUCAUGCGUGAAGUUGAUACCGACAAGGAUGGUCGGAUUAGUUACGAAGAAUUCGUAGCAAUGAUGAAAGCCGGGACUGAUUGGAGGAAGGCGUCUAGGCAGUACUCGAGAGAGAGAUUCAAGAGCUUGAGUCUAAACUUAAUGAAAGAUGGUUCACUACAACUUCAUGAUGGUAUGACUGGUGAAGCUGUUGUAGUGUAAUACAAUAGAGGACCGAAAAAAGUUUUUGGGUUGCCUUUUGUUUUUGUUUUGGCACUUCUCCUUAACCUCAAUUGAUCUCUAAAUGCACCAAAAGCAUAACAAAGCAGUUGUACUUCAUUCACCUACAUAGUAUUGUACCAUAAAAUCGACGAAAUUUUGUCUCGGACGCUCGGAUUGUAUGUCAGCAUCGCUGAGGUUGGGUUGCUUCAAUGAUAUAGUGUUGGCCUUUGAAGCUUCGAUGAGGUUGGGUUUGUAAUUUGUAUAUGUCUUCUUUCCUUUCUUUAUUUUUUUGGGUGUCCAAUUGGUAUUCCAUACUUCUUUCUGUAUAGAUUUUCAAGUUCUUUUUCAACAUGUAACAUGUAUUAUCAAUCAUUGGGAAUUUCUUGUAUUACUUUGUUCCAAAUUAAUAGGAGUUGAAGUUUUUUUUUAA